CGUUUUUAUUCCUCACCCUUAAAGGUCACACAUCCACGACCACAAGUGUUUGGCUCCAGUUUAAUCACAGCCUGAACCCUGGAAAGGGAUUAGCUUCGCCUCGUUUUCUUUUUGUGGCCUUGGGGCGUUAUGUUUUCAAAAACCAGGAUCUGAAUGCUUCCCUUUGCAAGCCACAGGUGCCAGAAUUUCAGGUGCCUCAAGUGUUUCUAAACUCCAAUGUUGUGGUGGUGCCUUUGUUUACCUUCCACCAAAUCCUGCUGCGGUGCACCUAAUAAUACGGCUCAGCAUGUCACAGCUUAGUACUCCCCAAGAAAGUGCAACAUCACUGCCCACAUUGAAGCUACUUUUGAUUGGAGACAGCGGAGUAGGGAAAUCCAGCCUCUUGCUCAGAUUCACAGAAGAUCAGUUUGAGCCAUAUCGCAAACCAACCAUUGGUGUUGAUUUUAAAAUAAAGAAGGUGAUUGUUGGUGAUCUUCCACUGCAAGUAGCAAUAUGGGACACAGCAGGGCAGGAGCGAUUUCGAACACUGACUCCCAGCUAUUACCGAGGUGCACAAGGCAUAAUUUUAGUUUAUGAUGUUACCAGGCGAGAAACCUUUCUGGGACUGGAAAGCUGGUUACAAGAGCUAGAGGUGUUUACAAAGAAAGAAGUUGUGAAGAUUCUGGUAGGCAACAAAAUUGAUGAGACACGUCAUGAGGUAGAAAGAAGAGAAGGCUUGCGGUUUGCUCGGAGGCACUCCCUACUGUUUGCAGAGGCCAGUGCUAAAAUGAAAUAUGGAGUGCAAAAUAUCUUUGAUGAGGUCGUCAUACGGAUCCUACAGACUCCCGGACUUUGGAACAUAAAAAGGCAAGGAUUGAGGUUGACUGAAAGCCAGACCCUGAAAGAAUCCAAUUCUUGCAGCGGCUUAUAUUGUGUUGUUGCUUAAACCCACCAACAUCAAAUAAAAAGAGCUCAGGUCAAAAAUUCCUAAGCAGCAGA